CAUGCACUAAAGUGGGAAAGUUUUGUAUCUAACUUGCGGGAAUACGCAUGAAUGGUGUUGAACCAAGCAGCAGUUCGGAACGGAGUCGACAUAGAAGUGGCCCACCUGUUGGUCUGACCUGCGGAAGUCCCUGCUGUCUGCAAGUCUGUUGUUCGGACGUUCAACGUUUUUUGUCUUGAGUAAAAAUAAAAAGUCAAACCACCGGAGAAACAUCUCACAAGUGCACUGAUGGCCUCCAACACCUUAUAAGUGAAUCCAUGAGCAAAGCACCAAAGUCUUCAGCUAUUUGAGGAACAGAGUCGUUCAGAGGAGCAUGGAUGCAACGGAAAAGCCGGCUCUGGAGCCCAGAGCAGAGCGGAUCGCCCGCUACAAGGCCGAGAGGAGGCGAGAGCUGGCCGAGCUCUACGGAGACUUAGAGGAGCUUCCCUCCAAGUGGGUGAGAAGGGAUGGAAAGAAGGUCAACAACCCAGCAACCCCAGCCCACGGCGGGGCGUUAAACUCAGACGGCCGCGGUGAAGGGGUGAACGGCAGAACACGAGAGGUUACAAAUGGAGUCGAGGCGGAUCCUCCGACAGAGCCCAGCUACCUGAGAAGCCAGAGUUACCAAGAUUCUGCCACCGUCCUGGUCGAGGAUGGACACCUGGUCCAUCCAGGACCCGAUGCCCCACAGCUCCACACCCGGGUGUCGGUGGGCCAGUUGAAGAGUGUGCUUCUGCAGCAGGCAGAGAGUGGAGCAGGCCAGGAGAAACUUGGUCCUGAUAUUGGCCAAACCACGUCUUCUUUGGACCUGGCUGCUGGUUCUGAGGGAAGCCGGCGGCGGACCAGGCGUUACCUUCCAGGCGCAUCAGGAGGGGGUCGCAAAACCAGCGAGCGCUUCAGGACCCAGCCAAUCACAGCCAAUGAGAUGGAGGAGAGAACCGGGCUCUUGGACGCGGAAGUACAUGACAACAAGAAAGCUGAUGUGAAAACAGAUGAUCGAGCCAAAAUGAGCGUGGCAGCCAAGAUGUCGCUGUUCAAAGAAUUGGAGAAGUCAGCGGCCCCCGAUUCCUCGGCUCUGCUGAAGCCUCGCUCAGCCAGCAGCUUCCAGGAACGGAGGACGCGCCGUGGCAACGAGCAUCGCUUUCUCACUCAGCCAAUCACCUGUGAGGAAAUGGUGGCAAUCAGCGCCAAUCCAGCAGAGGAGGUCCAGACCGAGCAGGCCGAACCGGUGGAGGCCGCAGAUGAAAGCUGCCGGAUGAGCAUGAGAGAAAAGCUGGCCCUCUUCAACAGACUGUCCCUGCACGGAAAGAAUGGGGCCGGCCCCACCGACGGGCCCCCAGAGAGGCGAAAGCAGAAAGGGGCUCGGUACCGCACCCAGCCCAUCACAGUGGACGAAGUCAGCCUGCUUCAGAAAGGCCCCAUUCAGCUUCCUGCCUUCAGUUUGUCCCCUAAUCUGCACGACAGACAGCAGGCCUCGCCUGGCAACCUGAAACCCAGCGAGGUGCGCCUUAUACAACCAAUAUCUGAACUCUCAGAACCUGAAUCAACGCACCGGGGCUCGCGGGACUGCAACUCCGUACCGCCGUCGAAGGGAAUCCUGAAGAAGAGCUGCCCUGAAGGCUCAGGGUGGAGCGGGGCCGACGGUCGGGAGCCGCUACCCAACCACCAGCAAAAUGGUAGAGACGUCACCGAUGCAGAGAUGUUUGGGAGGAUGGAGGGAGCCGAGAGGCUGGAAUCCCAGAGGGAGACACCGGGCGUGCAGCGAAGUUCAGUCCGAGCAGCUCCGUGGAGGCAGAGGGCUCGAAACCGGAGGGAGACCCCGACACAGGCCUCCUCAGAGCGGGAUGCUCCUCAGGAGGAGAGGCCUUCUCGGAGCGGCCCGCAGCAGGAGAUCGCUUCCUCUGUGGGAAACGGCUCAGAUGUGACGAGAACACAAGAUGAAGAGCAGAGCGACAAACCGAAACAAAACGUUUUGGUCUGCGGUGGAGUUCGCUCACCUAAACAGCAGGAAGCAGCAGCGUCUGUGAGAGGCACAGUAGGAAAACCGAGAUGCAUUUACAUCCCUGCGUCCACUCCACUCUGGUUUGAAAUUCUGAGCCUCGACCCGCGGUUAGAUCGGGCCAUUUGCCGUGCCACUGAAACCGGAUAUAGCGUCGCUCAGCACAAGCACUCUGCAUUUGGAGCCAUCAGAAAGCCCUCCUCUUGA